UUGAUCACACAAUAUCAUGAUUUAUCGAAAGCACAUAGUGUUGCUAGUACUAAGUUGUACGUCGACAAAGACAUUGUUCGUACUAUCAUGUAUGUCACAAUUUCGCUUUGUGAACAACUUUUGUCCUGUGUUUCAUCAGAACACGAAGUUCGCAAUCAUAUUUCACGGGAGAUCACAUCAUCAUCUAAACUUCUUGAUGAGACAACACCUCCCGCUCCUGUCAAUGUUUCUCCUACUAAGGAAAAACCGAUACAAGAAGAAGUCUCGUUGAUGUGCUACUCUUCAGAAGAAGCAAAAGCACUUGCACCCAUAUUGCAACUUAUCUAG